AUGGACAUGGACAUGGAUAAUGUAACUGUAUUGUUCACGGCAACAGAACUGACAUCAGCGUAUCUACUCGGAACAUUACACUUCCUGGGAGUAUCUGCGAAUGUCAUCAUACUCAUCAUCAUUAUCGGGACGGCGGGGAUGAGAGGGUUCUCUGGUGCUCUCAUGAUAAACAAGGUUGUUGCUGAAAUCAUACAGGAGAUUAUUACGCUGACUGCGAUAUUAGUUGCUCCUUAUCAGUUGGUCCAGUUUCAAAUAUAUCUGAGACUCUCUCUAUUUGCACUCCAAGGUGUUGUGUCUCACAGUAUAUGUGCCCUGUCAGUAAAUCUGUACCUGGCUAUAUGCAAGCAACUGCAGUAUAGGAGCCUGGUCACAUGGGAACGGAUCUACAAGUUCCUGGCUUGUUCCUGGAUAUUCAACAUUGUGAUCACCUCAACGUACCACUUCCUUCCAUCGAUGUACACUGUUGAUUUCACGUCGCUGAAUAUCCUACACAUUCAUCUAACGCCUUUUAACUUUUGGAUCCUACUUAUCAUGAUUCUCAAUAUCAUUGUCGUACCUUUCUGCCUGGUGAUGGCUUGUUUCCUGAAAUUCCGCAUCUCCACACACAGACUUUCCAUGAUGAUGAUGAGUCCUCGCAGCGUGAAGAAGGUGAAGAUGUCUCAGUUCAUCCACACCGUGGCCGCCGUCUACCUCCUCACCUUAAUCCCGCUCUUAAUAGCCAUCUCCGUAGAGGUUCCGUUAAAAGGGUUCAAGGCCAUCGCCUGGACUGUCAACUCGAUCUACCAUAUCUUGAAGCCAUUUCUCUACGUCAAGUUGUAUAAACCAUUCCGAGAGACUGUGAAUGCUAUGCGUUGCAACUCAUGUGAGAAGCGUGUGUACCCAAAACAACUGGACCAAAAUGCCUCUGACCAAACUUCUGGGGGUACAUCUGCUGACGGACAUAACCAAUGCCAUAAUCACAAACCACCUGUUUGCUGUUACGACGGAUCGCUCAGUGGGCGACAAGAAAACGUUGAAUCUGAGCUCAUAAAAAACAGUUGA